AUGUUUCCGAUAGUGAAUGCUUUGUUAAGGAAGCUGAGCUCGGUUUUAGUCACUGAUUUUGAAGAGAUUUUGUUUGUUCAGCACGAAUUGGAAGAAGAGCUUGGUGAGAUUGUGUUAAAAGAGUUUGGUGAACCAUUAAUGGGUUCUCCUUCAGUUGCGUUGAGCGACUGGCCUCCUAACAGCAAGGAAUUGGCUACAGGUCUUAAGACUCCUCUCGUCAUCCUAACAAGCGAUGGAAGUAUAAGACCUUUUAACAGAGGUUUUGUGGAGUCGGAAGUUGGUUUGACCUCGUCUGUUGGAGAAGUUGGUUUAACGACGCCGGUUGGAAGGUUUAAACGACGUGAUGUGUUUGAAAAAGGAAGCACUUCAGGAAUAGCCAGUCAAAUAAUAUCAGACAAUGUUAGUGUUAACAUGUCAACAUCCUGGUUUGACGCGAAUCAAUGUGUAUCGGAUGAUGUAGCCCUAGUUGCUGCGGUUGAACGUCUUGAGGCCGAGAUUGAAAGUGAAGAAGAUUUGGACUCUCAGAAUGGUGAUGAAGAAUGUGACGCUGUGGAAGUAAGGCCAGAAGGGUUUGACAGAGAGUGGUGGAGUCCUUUCCUUGAGGAAGCUUAUGGUGGCUCUAAUGCAGGUGAGGAGAUAACGUCAUCAUUAUGUGAUAAGGAUUUGGUUGUUCUUAGUAAAGAGGUGUUGUGCGGUAAGAUGGUGGUUACUGGUGGGGAAACUGGGAUCGAGAUUCCUAAGAAAGUGGCACCUCCUGGAGUAACAAUAUUUAAUAGUAGGGCAAAGCCUUCAUGGAUUGAGAAAUCUGAGUAA